GAAUAGGGGUUUCGUCUUCUUCGCUGGGUUUCCGCAGUCACAGCGUUGUCCUCUGUUUCGAUUACUUCACUCACUGCUGCCUCUCAGCAAUGUCUGUAGCGUCUAGGUUGCUCCGGGGUUCCAGGGCUCUCUUUGCUGGGGCUAAGUCAGGUACGUCACUUGAAAAGCCCGUAGCUUCUGCCUCUGCCUCCAAGAAAUUAGCGGCCGCUGCCGCCGGCGGUGGUUCGAAAGCGACAAGUGCCACGAAGAAGAGGAAGGUGACAAACUCAGGGAUAACGAAAGAGAUGCCGAUUUCGCCGGUACUACAGGGUAUAGUGGGUGCGGAACAAAUAUCUCGUGCGCAGGCUUCGAAGAAAAUUUGGGAAUAUAUCAAGAUUAAUAAUCUGCAGAACCCAUCUGAUAAACGGGUGAUCAUGUGUGAUGCCAAGCUGAAGCAGCUGUUUGAUGGGAAGGAUAAGGUGGGGUUUCUUGAGGUUGCAAAGCUGCUUUCUCCGCAUUUUCUGAAGACAAAAUAGCUGCUGAUUGAGCAGCCAUAUUAUGGUAAUUUCAUCCACAAUCCUGUCAAGAAGAAGCCACUUAACUCUCUCUGUAACCUGAUUGAUCCCAAGUGUGUUCAAACUCUUUGCUUUAGGUAUUCUGGAAAUUGUUGUUUGAUGGUCAGUACAGAGACUAUGUAGGAGGAUGAUUUGAUCUAUUGACAAGACUUGAUGCUUGUUUUGUUCCCUCUUUCUGUUAAUUUGAAAAUGGAUGCAUUUA